AUGGAGAAGUUCAGCGGAAAAGUGGUGAUCAUUACAGGUGCAUCAAGUGGAAUAGGAGAGGCCACUGCCGUUGCCUUUUCAAAACAAGGGGCAAAAUUAACAAUUUGUGGAAGAAACAAAGAAAGACUAGAAGAAACUGCUAAAAAAUGUAGAGAUAAUGGCGCAGAGGUUUUACAAUUAGUUGGAGAUCUAUCAAAGUUUGAAGAAUUGAAACCCGUGAUCGAUAUAACAGUUAGCAAGUUUUCCAGAAUUGAUAUCUUGAUAAACAACGCGGGUCGCCUGGAACAUUGUCCAAUUUCUGAACUCCAGCUUGAUUUAUUUGAAGAUUUGUUUGCGAUUCUUGUUCGUGCACCUGUUUUUCUUUGUAAAUAUGCAUUGCCUCACCUUAAAGAGACAAAAGGUUGCGUGGUCAAUGUGUCAAGUAUAGCAAGUCUCAAAACAUUUCCUUUGACAUUCAAUGUGUCGUACGAAAUGUUUAAGGCAGCGUUAGACAAUUUCACAAGAGGAUUUUCAGCAGAAUGUGCUUCAUAUGGCGUUCGUGUUAACAGCAUCAAGUAG